AUGGAUGCCUACAAGGCCCGAAUGACUGUCCAAACAGGAGAUGAAGCGGCAUGGUGCAGGUUUUUCCCGGCCACUCUCAAAGGGAUGGCCCUCUCAUGGUUCUCUGGGCUAUCGGCUGGUGUCAUCACAAGAUUCUCAGUGCUCGAAGCUCUAUUUAAGUCGCAGUUCAUUGCCGGACAAGUAUACAAGAAAACCAGCAUGCAUCUCAUGUCCGUCCGACAACAACCCAACGAAAGCCUCAAGGAACACAUUAAGAGAUUCAAUGACGAGUCCUUGAACAUACCGAACUUGCAAGAUUCCGUUGCCUUCACCGCACUCAUGACCGGGCUAAAGGCAGGAAGCCGAUUUCGUUGGGUCUUGGCCGACGAGCAAAUAUCUACCCUGCCCCAAGCAAUGGUCCGGGCACAGAGGAGGGAGAUAUACCUUGACAUCAAGGAAAAGUCAUUGCUGCCAAGUCCAACCCCGAUCAGGACCCCCGCGUCCAAAAGAGACAAGAGCCUCUGGUGUGAGUUCCACAAAGAGUGCGGACACACUACCAAGGAUUGUCGAGAAUUGAAAAGGGCCUUGGACAGACUGGCCGACGAGGGAAAGUUGAACAAAUAUUUGAAGGGCUCCUCCUCUGACAAGAAGGAAGAUAACAAGGGAUCAGAUGUCCAUAGUGAUCACACCGAGGGAUAUGUUGGGGUGAUAGCAGGGAGUCUCGCAUCUGGUGGCCUAACCGGCAACGCCAGAAAAAGACACUUACACGCACUAACCCAUCAGAUCCUCGAUGUCGAAGCACCUUCAUCGAACCUCAAAUGUCCCACAAUAACAUUCCAAGAGGACCCCUCUCGGAUUAUCCGUGGUCCACAUGAUGAUCCCCUGGUUGUUGAGAUUAAGGUAGCCAACCGAACAGUUAAAAGAGUGUUGAUUGAUAGUGGAAGCUCGGCGGACAUCCUAACCCUUGAAUUCCUCGAGAGGCUACGUUACAAGAAAAGUGACCUCGUCGACAUCAGCCAACCUCUCGUAGGGUUCGGUGGUCAAUCAGUAUACCCCGUCGGCAUGAUCAAGCUCCCCGUCCGUAUCGGAGAAAAAGGAAAAGGAAGAAACCUUCUCAUAGAUUUCAUGGUCGUCGACACACCCUUGCCUUACAACAUAAUAGCGGGGAGGCCUCUGCUAAACAAAAUCAAGGCUGCCAUCUCAACCUACCAACUCCUCCUCCAAUAUGAAACGGACAGCGGGGUAGUCGGGAAACUCUAUGGAGAUCAGUGGUAUGCUCGGCAAUGUUACAACAACAGUUUCAAGAAGGAGAAAAAUUCAAUCCCUAACACAGAACCCCCUAUGAAGAAGACAUGUGUAGAGGAAAAAGAGUCUCUGGCUGACGAUCUAGGUGUAUUCCUUAGUGAAGAUCCAAAAUAUUAUGCCCGCCCUAGACCAGCCGAGGAAGAUGAGGAGAUAGUACUUGACAAAGAUCCACUUCAUACUGUCCGGGUUGGAAAGAACCUAGGUGAAGAAUUGCGAGGCAAAAUCAUUGCUAUUUUGCGAGAAUACAGGGAUGUGUUUGCUUUCUCAGUCACGGAAAUGCCAGGCAUCGACCGACAAACUAUGGUGCACGAACUGAACAUCAAAGAAGGUCAUCGACCAAUCAAACAGAAGUUGCGACAUCAAGGCCAAGAGCGCAACCAGGCUGCUGCUGAGGAAAUCCACAAAUUGUUGAAGGCAGGGUUCAUCCGGGAGUGUCAAUACUCAGAGUGGCUCUCUAAUGUGGUCUUGGUAAAGAAGCCAAACGGAACCUGGCGAAUGUGCGUCGACUUCACAUAUCUAAAUAAAGCUUGCCCCAAAGAUGAGUAUCCUCUGCCAAAAAUUGACAGGCUCGUCGACUCGACGGCUGGACACGGCCUGUUCAGCUUCAUGGAUGCCAAUGUAGGCUAUCAUCAGAUUCCCAUGUCCGAAAAAGACCAAGCCCACACUGCCUUCAUCACCAACCAAGGAGUAUAUUGCUACAAAGUGAUGCCCUUCGGGCUAAAAAAUGCAGGGGCAACUUACCAGAGGCUAGUUAACAAAAUCUUUGGAGAACAGAUUGGGAGGAACAUCGAAGUGUAUGUCGACGACAUGAUCGUCAAGAGAAAACUUCCUAAAGAGCACUCUUCCGACCUCGAAGAAACACUCAAGACCCUACGUCUACACAACAUGAAGCUCAAUCCAAAGACAUGCGUGUUUGGAGUCAAAGGUGGGAAAUGCCUCGGAUUCCUUGUGGACGAAAGGAGAAUCGAAGCAAAUCCUGACAAAAUACAGGCGCUCCUCGACAUGAAAUCCCCCCGGUCAGUCAAGGAAGUCCAAAGACUCACUGGAUGCAUAGCAACCCUAGGCAGGUUCUUGUCCCGAUCAGCUGAUAAAAGUCUUGCUUUCUUCAAAGUACUGAAUGGAAAAGGGUUUAAUUGGAAUGCCGAAGCCGAGGCCGCUUUCCAACAACUGAAGGAACAUCUCUCGACCAUUCCCAAGUUAGUCUCGCCGUUGGCAGGAGAAACUUUAUACCUUUACUUGGGCAUCACUGAGUACGCAAUUAGCGCGGUCCUUGUCGCCGAAAGAGAGAAACAGCAACACCCAAUAUACUUCAUCAGCCACGCAUUCCGAGGAGCAAGAGCCAAGUAUCCACUCAUUGAGAAAAUGGUAUAUGCUCUAGUGAUGGCCAGUCGAAAACUCAAACCAUACUUCCAGGCACAUCCAAUCAAGGUCCUGACAAGCCAACCUCUGAGAAAGGUGAUUGAGAGUCGAAACCAUUCAAAUCGCAUGACCGAAUGGGCAAACCAGCUCUCGGAUUUUGGCCUGGAAUACGAGCCGAGGAGGGCUAUCAAGGCACAAGCCCUCGCCGACUUCAUCGUCGAAUGCAUUAAUCGGCCACCCGAAAAAGAUACGGCAAGCCAAAAGUCGUGGGAACUUUAUGUUGACGGGUCGGCCACGAGGACAGGGUGUGGAGCAGGCAUAUUGAUCAAAACGCCCAACGGUGAUCGGCUCGAAUAUGCGGUUAAGUUCUCAUUCUUAGCCUCCAAUAAUGAAUCAGAAUAUGAGGCACUUAUUCUCGGAAUUCAAAUGUGUCAGGCCGCGGGAGCCAUCUCUGUGCAUGCCAAGUCAGACUCACAACUCAUCGCCGGACAAAUUCAAGGAGAUUUCGAGGCUAAGGAAGACAGCAUGAAAAUGUACCUUACAAAGGCAAGGAAAGUCAUCGACCAACUGCAUGAUUUCACCAUCCAACAUAUUCCCCGAUCAGAAAACCAACAAGCCGAUGCCCUUUCAAGGCUAGCAAGUUCCGCAGAGGGGAUGGAGCCUAGGACGAUCAUUUGGGAGGUGCUCCAAGAGCCUAACAUAAAUGUCGAGGCACUCAUGAGCCUAGACAGAGGUCCAGAUUGGAUGGAGAAAAUCAUAAAGUUCAAAAGAGAUAAUGUGCUCCCUGACAGUGAAAAAGAGGCGGCAUCGAUUAAGAAACAAGCAGAUUGGUUCCUCUGGCACGACGAGACUCUCUACAAGAUUUCAUACACCCACCCCUUGCUCAAAUGUGUUACCCCAGAGGAAGGAAAUUACAUACUCCGGGAAAUACAUCAAGGGGCGUGCGGGAGCCACCAAGGGGCAAGAACCAUUGCAGGAAAAGCACUCCGGUCGGGCUUCUAUUGGCCAACUUUAAGGAAGGAUGCAACAGACUUGGUGGGGGAUGACAUCCUCGGCCCAUUCCCAGUAGCCUCCGGUCAGAGAAAAUUCUUAAUUGUGGCUGUCGACUACUUCACUAAAUGGAUCGAGGCAGAACCUCUGGCAAAGAUAAGUGACAAGCAAGUGCAACAAUUCAUCUGGAGGAAUAUCAUCACAAGAUUUGGAGUCCCUCGGACACUCAUAUCAGACAAUGGUCGACAGUUUGACAGUAAAGCCACCAAGGGAUACUGUGAUCGCUUCGGCAUACAAACUCGAUUCACGUCGGUUUCAAGGCCCCAAAGCAACGGCCAGGCAGAAUCUGCUAACAAGAUUAUCUUGAAUGGACUCAAGACUAUGAUCGAGGGAUCUAGUGGUUCUUGGGUCGAUGACCUACCUGGUGUCUUAUGGUCGGCUCGAACCACUGUCAAAGAAUCUACUGGGCAAACUCCUUUCUCACUUGUCUAUGGAAGUGACGCCGUCCUUCCCGUCGAAGUUGGCAUUCCCUCACCCCGAGUCACUUACUAUGAUUACGAGAAAAAUGAAGCCGAAAAAAGGGUUAAUCUCGACUUGCUCCCCGAAACAAGAGGAAACACUCUGCUCAAGUCCAUUGCCUAUAAGUAG